ACAGACCGCACAAAGCGUAAUGCAAAAGAAUUGAAAAAAAUCAUCAAGUAUAGAGGCCAAAAAGCGAACACAGCAAGUCGGCGUAUAAUUAAACAAUUGUCGUUCAAUGCUGACCAAAUAAAUGCGGCGAUUACAGCCCAGCAAAGAAGGCGAGCGGCAAAUUGCGAAUUGCGGUAAGGAGGCAGUAAAAUAAGCCGAUAAUACGGCGACCGCAAUUCAGGCACACAUAUACGCCACACAAACACCGAGUCAGCGGGCCACACAGACGAAAAGCACACACACACACAUGCCACUGAGAGCCUCCCAUACAAGCAGACCACAACACACGCACACACACAUACAAGCGAGCGUGCCUUGGCAGGUGAGAAGAAGAAGAGGAAGCGGUGGAGGCAGAAGGAGGAGCAAACAGGAGGCGCCAUCGGCCCCAGAAUAUUGGAUAAAAUCGGAAUAAGGCUGCAUUAUCUUCUCCACGAGAAAAGGAAGCAGCAUCAGCACUACCAGCAACAGCAGCCGACGAAGGAGAAGAGGAAGCAGACGCAUCAGCAGCAGCAGCAGCGGAAGAAGCAGCAGCAGGAGGAGGAGCAGGAGAGAGAGAGGGAAAACCAACAGAAGCAGCAGCAGCGUAUUUGGCGAAAAACUUGCAUUGAUGGUAAUGCAUGCUAGAAAACCGCAGCGUAUGAACGAUGGGUACUUUGAGAAGCAUACCAGUCACACAUCAUACCAGAGCUCAAAGUACAGCAGUUCAAAGCGCGACUACGAACGCGAUCGUUCCUCCAAUUAUCGCGAUCGUGACCUGUCGCCAGGCGCUGGCGGUGGAGGAGGCGGCGGAUCCGCUGGAGGAGGUGGCGGCGGCAGCGGCAAUGGCGGCGGACCAUUGAACAAUGGCAACAGUUAUCGCUCCCAGUCGCCGGACAUUGAUUCGCCGUCCUCCCGUUCGCACGAUCUGCGCGACCGCAGCGAUCAUCGGGGCGGAGGUGGCGGCAAUGGGCGUGGCGGCAGUGGCGAGCGGUACAGCUUUAUGCAGAAGAUGCGGGAUCGAGAUCGGGAUGUCUACAAAAAGGAUAAAUAUUCAGAUAAACGUGAUCGGCGUGGCAACGAUCGCGACUCGGAGUCGUCGUAUCGCACCAACCAUGAUAGGGAUCGUCGUGGCGGAGGAGGCAGCGGAGGCGGCAGCGGCAAGCUCUGCUCCUCGCGGGAGAACGACAAACGAUCCGGGUCCGACGAUCGCGAUCGGGAUCGGGAUCGAGAUCUGCGCGACUUGCGCGACAAGCGGGACCGCGGUUCCGAUCGCGACAGGGACAUGUACAAGAAGGACAAGUACGCAGACAAACGAGAGCGCAGCGAUCGCGGUGAGCGGACGGCGCGAUAUGGCGACUGGAGCGAGCAUGUCAGCUCAUCAGGCAAAAUGUAUUACUACAACUGCAAGACGGAAAUCUCUCAAUGGGAGAAGCCAAAGGAAUGGGUGGACAGAGAAAGAAAUUUGCCGCGCGAUCAGCAUCGUGAAAAGGAUUAUCGUGACAAGGAUCGCGAUCGCGACCGCGAUGAUCGUUUCUCCAGAUCAACAUACAAACAUUCCAAUUCUUCGCGCGACAAUUCACGACUGAGAUGGAAUUACGACAACGAUGGCGGUCCGCCCAGUCACCGAAGGCGUUUAGAUGGUCGACACAACGACAAUGCUGAUAUGGAUAUAAGUGGCGACUCGACGCCUACCUCGGAAGCCAGUUACUCGCUAAGCGGCACGCCCACCACACACGGCGGCGGUCCGGGCGGAGGCGGUCCCGGAGGCGGCGGCGGUAGCAACAGCGAUCAGCCAAUGGGCAAUGCCCUGCCCCGUUUGUCCUCCCACCCAACUGCCAACUCCUCCGCAUCCGUGGCGACGGGCACAGGUGCGGCGGGGGGACUGCACUACGGCAGCGGAGCGGGUGGUGGCCCGGUGACGGGCGCCACAAUGCUGCCCACCAUGUCGGGAAUGCUGAACAGCAACAGCAGCAACAGUGCCGGCGGCAGCAGCAGCAAUGCCAGCAGCAGCAGCCUGAGGAACUCCGUUGUCGGUCACAUUGGCUCCACAUCUGGCACGACUGUGCCCACACUGGGAAGUCAGGAUCCGCACCAGCACCAUCUGAACUCGAAUGCUCCACUGCCACCGGGUGCCAAGGGCAAGGAUCAGGCGCUACUGAUGCGCCAGAAGAUGCACCUGGGCCUGGGCGUCCUCGAUGUACAAUCACAUCACGGCGUUAACUCGGUUGGUUCGGUGUCAGAUGGGACCAAUCACGCCUACAAUUCGGUCAAUAACUCGGUCUCCGGCAGCUUACGGGACAACAGCGUUAACUCGCCGUUGUAUAUGCACCACAGCAUGUCGCCCUCGUUGAACUUCACCAAGAGUCCCAUACCGACGAUUGUGGGCCACACGAAUAACAUGAGCAUCGCCUACACCUGCAAUCCACCCUUUGGCCUCAAGGCUACCCUCGAUGGCGGAGUGAUGGUGGCGAAUGCCUCACCGGCCACGCCCGGUGGCAACGCCUCCUCCGGCUCCAGUGGAGCGAAUAGCAGCCAAAGCAUUGUGCCCGGCAUGGGCCCCGUCUGCGGAAUCAGUGUGAUCACCUCGAUGGGCAGCAACAGCGGCACGCUUUGCGAAGGACCGCCAACGCCCACCCAGGAGCUGGAUUUAAGCGGCUCGGCGUUGGAGCAGCAACAGUUGGCCGCCGCAGCGGCAGCCGCGACAGCGUCCAGCCUCCAGCUACAGGCGGCGCAACAGGCCCAGCAGCAGCGGAAAUUGGAUGCCACGUCGUCGGCCACGCUGAGCUCACUGCAGAGCUGUGUGAGUUCCUCAGGACAGGCGGCAAACAUGCGCGGUCCCGAGAUUUCGCCAAAGCUGGCCAAAUACUUCCGCGCCGAUCUGAUUGCGCAUGUGACCAAUUGGCACGCGGAGGUGCUGGAGCGUCAGGCGCAGAAGUGCUGUGAGGAUACGCACCUGUUCGGCGACAUCACGUGCACGAGGAUAUGCGCGGAAUUGAAGUGCGCCCGCAGCCUGGUGCGAAGCACCGAAAUCAAUGCCACCCUGCAGGAACAAAAAAUUAUGUAUUUACGCCACCAGAUCCGCCGUAUCGAGGAGUCGAAGACUCAGAACGCGUUCAUGUCAGACGAUACUUAGGAUCAGGAGCAGGUUAGGCUGCGCGUACAUCGCAAGCUGUCUGUUAGGCUCAAAAAGAGCUUCUUCUGGCGCAGCUGAUGAUGAUUGCGAUGAUGAUUGGUCCAUUGUGGCCGCCGUCAGCAGCUAGCCUUUGUCCUCGUUUCGCAGGCCCGGAUUUACCCCUUUUUAUUGAGGGCAUCUGGAAAUGGAUUAGAUGAUGACGACGACUGGCGGUGGCCCACGACAAUGACUGAGAAACCGCGUGCAUCCUGCUCCAUCCUCCUACUUCUCUCCUCUGGGCGACGCAUCUCUCCC